GGAAGUGCUCUUCGUGCCGGAAGUCGCGCUUCCAGCUCUUCGGUCUCUUUCCACCGCCAUCUUGGGCCCUGCUCCCCGCACGCAAUGCCCGGCGAAGCGACAGAAACCGUCCCGGCCACCGAGCAGGAGCUGCCGCAGCCGCAGGCUGAGACAGCUCCAGCCCCUCCCGCAGCCCCAGUCGCUGCUCCAGCGCCAGCUGCUCCUCAGGCUGCUCCUUCCCCGGCUCCGGGCCCGGCUCUCCCUGCAGAGCCGCCCAGCCCGGCCCCCGUUUCCCCCCCUGUGGUCCCGGCUGCAGUGACCCCCGUGUUUUCGGUCCCCCCCCAACUCCCUGCCCCAGCUCUGCAGGUCCCAGUUACUGUCCCCCCACCUCCAGCUCCCCCGUCCCCGGCUGCAGCCCCAGGGUCUCCAGGGCCUGUCCCGGUUACCCCAGUGUCUCCAGGAGCCCCGGCUCUGGCUGCUGCUCCUGCUGCAGUGCCGGCAGCUCCCCUGGUGAGUCCCGGUUCUCCCGCCGUGGCAGGUGCCCCUGGGGUAGCCCCAACCCCUCUCCCCACCUCACCUGUCCCUCCAGCAGCCCCCACGGCCACGGUGUGUCCCCAGAGCCCGGGCUCCCCACCUUUGCCUGUGGCAGCGCCGCUCGGUCCUGCUGCGGCACUGGCAGCAGCCGCCCCGGCAGUGCCGCUGUCCCCCGGCAGCCCCGCGGCUGCCCCGCUGGCUGCUGCUCCGGCUGAGCCCCAAGCCCCCGCCUGUCCCCUGCCGCCCCCCGCUCCUUCUGGUGCUGUCUCACCGCCUGUCAUCCCAGCUGUCCCCAUGGCCCCGUUGUCACCCCCUGUCCCCCUGCUGCCAGCCGGGUUGUCCCCUGGGAGCCCCGCUGCUGCCCCGCCGGGCCCAGCCCCUGGUGCUCCACUUUCCCCACAGCUCUCAGUUGCUCCUGUCACCAAAACCAGUCCCCCGGCAGCCCCAGCUGCUGCCCCCCCAGUCCCUCCCUCUGCAGCCAGGGCACCUCCCGGCAGCCCAGACCCUCCAGCAGCACCUGUGGCACCUCCUGCCCCAGCCAAACCCUCUGCGGGAGCUGCCCCUUGUCCCCCAGGCCCACUGACACCAGCAGCUCCCGGUGCCGCUCCAGCAGGUCCCGGUGCCACUCCAGCAGCUCCCAGUGCCACAGCAGCCGUGGCUGCUCCAGCCAAAGCAACUCCAGCGAGUCCCGGAUCCCCCCCGGCAGCUCCUGUGCCUGCUGUGGCCUCAGCCCCUGCCAGCCCCCCACCUGCCACCCCGGCACCGGCAGCUCCAGCCACCCCUCCUGCAGCCAAAUCGCCUCCGGUGAGCCCGGUUGCUGCCCCGCUGUCUCCUCCUGCUCCGGCUGCACCAGCAACGAAAGCUCCACCGGCUGCCGCUGCCGCAGCCAAAGCGGCUCCCAAGAGCCCUGUUGCUGCCCCGGCUGCUCCCGCAGCUCCAGCUGCCCCCACAGCCCCCAAAAAGCCGGCAAAGGGCAGCGCCGUCGCUGCCCCGGCUGCUCCCUCUGCCCCUGCAGCACCAGCUGCACCUCCUGCACCCAAAACCCCACCCAAGAGCCCCGUUGCAGCCCCAGCUGCCCCCCCAGCAACUCCAGGGGUUCCUGGUGCCCCCCAAAAGCCAUCAGCUGAUCAUGCAGCCCCUGCUCCCCAAAAAGCAGAGGCCUCUACCACCACCAAAAAGCAGCCCCCUCCUGGCAAGGUGAGCAAGCCAGGCCCCCGCCCGCCCCCCUCCAAACCCCCUGCGAAGGCUGCGGCUCCCGUCAGCACUGCCGCCGAGGACGAGGACCUACCACCUCUGAUCCCCCCCGAGCCACCCGCCGCCGAGCCGCCGGUGCGGCCCAUCCUGGUGGACCUGUCUCCCCGUGCGGCCGUGGCCCCCCCAGGGGCCCCCGCUCCCCCGGCUAAGCCCAUCCUGAGGAACGACAAGGGGUCCGGAACAGAGUCUGACAGCGAUGAAUCUGUACCAGAGCUCGAAGAGCAAGACUCCACGCAGGCCACGACACAGCAGGCACAGCUCGCGGCAGCCGCCGAAAUAGAUGAAGAACCCGUUAGCAAAGCAAAACAGAGCCGGAGUGAAAAGAAAGCACGGAAGGCAAUGUCUAAACUGGGCCUUCGCCAGGUGACAGGAGUAACCAGAGUCACCAUCCGGAAAUCCAAGAACAUCCUCUUCGUCAUCACAAAGCCAGACGUGUACAAGAGCCCGGCGUCAGACACCUACAUCGUCUUCGGCGAAGCGAAGAUCGAAGACUUGUCCCAGCAGGCCCAGCUGGCAGCCGCCGAGAAGUUCAAAGUGCAAGGAGAAGCCGUUUCAAACAUCCAGGAAAACACACAGACCCCCACCGUGCAGGAGGAGAGCGAGGAAGAAGAGGUUGACGAGACCGGCGUCGAGGUGAAAGACAUCGAGCUGGUGAUGUCGCAGGCGAACGUGUCGCGAGCAAAGGCCGUGCGUGCGCUCAAGAACAACAGUAACGACAUCGUAAACGCGAUAAUGGAGUUGACGAUGUAGCUGCCAGAGCAAGGAACCUUUUUUGGUGUUUCAGAGAAGAGUAAGAUGCAACUAAAUUUAAAAUUUGUACUAUUUCUAUCGAUUAAUAAAAGUUGUGGCUUAUUGUUGGUGA